UCGGUGCCAUGUCAAAUCAACAAAUAUAAGACGAAACUCUGCGAUAAAUAUACCACGACAGGCUUAUGUCCUUAUGGUGAUCGUUGUCUAUUCAUUCAUCCUGAUCAUGGAACUAAUGCCUACAUCAGACCUGACAAACUUGUAGAGGUUUCACGACGUAUGCGUGUAGCAAUGACAUGCAUCUCUUGGCAUUCUAUGGAUUGCAGGCAGCGUGCCGGACUGCCACCAAAUGUCGGUCAUCUACCCGGACAACCGGCAUCCAAAAAGACGGACGAGUUCCGCACGCCGAGUCCGGUCGACGCGGUCACGACGCUCACGGGCGGUAAAGGUUCCUGGGACGAGUUGUCCACCCCAGCUCGAAGUUCGUGCGGUUACGUGUCCGGUGGUUCGACACCGUCCGGUGCGUCGCCAUUCUCGACGGUAUCAUCGUCGUCGCUUCAUCUGAAUCUAACCGAUGACGAUCGUGAUUUCGACUUGUUCAAUCUGACGGUCGGAUUCGAUCAUAUCGCGCAGGAUCUGGCCAAAACACUGGAGUUAUGGUAG